AUGGGAAAAUCGAUUGGAACAAUAUGUAGUUUAAAGUUUGCAGGUGAAUUAUUCCCGAAACCAAAUAAGAAUGGAUCAGUAAAUAAUAGUAGUAAUAAUAAUAGUAAUAGUAAUAAGAAUAUAAAUGUUACACCAAGAAAGGAGGAAUCUAUAUAUGCGGAGAUGCCUCUAGGUGGUUUAAUUUUAGUUAGUUCAUUUGGACCGAGCGGUCUCAGUGAGAAUAUUUACCUACCUGGACGACUACGCCGACGAGAUGAUCGAGUUUGUUCAGUCGUUGGCACCGGACCAGUUCAACAACCGCAAGGAACGCGAACUCCCACGCUCGUACGCGAUGUCGCCCAGCAAAGUGGUCGGUGCAUGGCUCGACCGACUGGAGCUGUCCGAGUACACCAAUGUCUUUUUGCAAGCCGGCUACUUUGA